GCUACCAUCGCAGGACCGUACUUCCCGCCAAACUCAUCUUUCCCGAACUCCCAAAUAUUUUCUUCAAAAAUGGAAAUAAAUAAAAAGCAAUUUUCUUAAAAAAUAAUAAAAAAUAAUUUUCAAAUGAGAUUAAAUUCAAACCAAAUCCCAAAUAAUAACAAAAGAAAGAAAAAGCAACAGUCAAAAUCCUUCACGCGCCACUUCACGCGCAGCUGUUUUUUUCUUCCUCGGAACGUUCUAAAAAAAUGGAAAAAUUGAAGAAGGAAACCGAGCCAAAGUCCAGCUCAACGCAAUCUAUGGCUCAAGAACCAAAUGCCAAAGUGGACCCGAAAAACUCGGAUCCCGAAAUGGACGCGGAGGGCUUUGUUAUUGUGCCAACAACAGAGCCAGAGAAAGAGAAAGAGAAAGAGGGUCAGAUUCAAAACGAGCAAUCACCGAACCAGGCACAAUCGGGAUUGAGGAACUUGGUUCAUCCAUUGGAUAGUGGAUCGCCUGCUGCGGAUCGCGACGCUAACAUGUCCGCUCCUAACAGAUACAAUCCUAACCUUGCUCAGGCUCCCGCUAUGGAUUCUUCUUCGGCUUCUUUCAAAGAGAAGAUGGAUAUAGUGAGGGAUGCCUUUUGGAGAUGGAAGAGGAUAGUGGGAGAAGCGACGAAGAAAGCCGAGGAUCUUGCCGGAAACACGUGGCAACACUUAAAAACAAGCCCAAGUCUUGCUGAGGCUGCCAUGGGAAGAAUUGCUCAGGGAACAAAGGUUUUGGCAGAAGGUGGCUAUGAGAAGAUUUUUAGACAAACUUUUGAAACAGUUCCUGAAGAGAAACUUCAGGAUUCUUUUGCAUGUUACUUAUCUACAUCAGCAGGUCCUGUCAUGGGAGUUCUAUAUGUAUCUACAGAAAAGCUUGCAUAUUGCAGUGAUAGUCCUCUUUCAUAUAAAAAUGGUACCCAGACUGAAUGGAGCUAUUAUAAGGUAAUAAUCCCAUUACAUCAACUAAAAGCAAUUAAUCCAUCAACAAGCAAAGUGAAUGCUUCUGAAAAGUACAUCCAAGUUACCUCUGUUGAUGCCCAUGAAUUUUGGUUCAUGGGAUUCUUAAACUACGAGGCUGCUGUUCAAUGCCUACAGGAAGUUUUGCAACUCAAUAGUUUACAAUCCGUCUGAAUACCCUGUUCUAUCUGAUAUAAGCAUUUCACUUUGGUCGCAUGAUGUUUUGUCAUAAAAAAGCAUUUAUAUUUACUCCGCUGCCCGGAACCGUUUGAUGAUUUACAUGCUCUUUGGGAAGCCAUUCAAUAUAAUUCUAUGGAAAUCAACAUUAGGUAAAUUGUAGAGUUGUUCUCCAUUAAAACCCAUGUUGGUUGUAAACUUUACUUGCUAUAAUGCAUGAACUAAAAAUCAUAUUGAUUGUUUCAGUGAAACCUUUUGUAUUCCUUCUCC